UAUGUAUGUAUGUAUAUAUAUUAGUCGGUGAAUUAAACUUCACGUGUCUAAUGGCAAGUGCGUCAUCAACAGUGAGUCUGAGCCUGAAGAAACACUGGUGGAUAUUAUUCGCGUGGGAAUCGCACUUGAAUACAGAACAAGUGAAUUUUGGAGAUUGUGCUCUCGGUGUCAGGAUUAAAAGCUGAAUCGGUGCUGGAUGGAUUUUUAUUUUAUUUUCCACUCUUCUGAUGUUCUGAUGUCAAGUGUCUCGCAGCCAAAUCAAACAAUUCUGCGUGUGUCGUGCUUUUCUGGAUUUUACUGAGACCAGGAACACCUGUGACUUCGUAAGUGUGAGAUUAUUUCUUCCGUCUGAAAGCUGAAUUUACUGUCAGAGAAAAGCAGUGAGCUGUCUCUACCGGACUGAUGGCGUCUUCCGUACCUUCGUCCUCGGCUGGUGAUAUGGACCCAAACACGGCUAAUUUACGACAACCUGCCACAACCUGUGACGCGUGGUACGGGGUUGCACACGGAUGCACGAGGAAACUGGGCAUGAAGAUAUGUGGUUUCCUGCAGAAGAACAACAGUUUGGAUGAGAAGAAUCGUUUGGUGGGCGCCUUCAAGGAGAGCUCGAAGAACCAGCUGUCGUGUGACAACAGUGAGCACUUCAGACACACAGAGACAGAUUUCUCCAACCUGUUCGCUCGGGAUUUACUGCCUGCUAAAAAUGGAGAGGAACCCACAAUCCAGUUUCUCCUGGAGGUGGUGGACAUCCUCACAAAUUAUGUGCGCAAGACCUUUGACAGAUCCACAAAAGUGCUGGAUUUCCAUCACCCUCACCAGCUUCUGGAGGGAAUGGAGGGCUUCAAUCUGGAGCUAUCUGAUCAACCAGAAUCUCUGGAGCAGAUCCUAGUGGACUGCAGAGACACGCUCAAAUAUGGAGUGAGAACAGGUCAUCCUAGGUUUUUUAAUCAACUUUCCUCUGGUCUGGAUAUCAUUGGUCUUGCUGGAGAGUGGCUUACAUCUACAGCCAACACUAACAUGUUCACGUAUGAGAUCGCGCCUGUGUUUGUCCUGAUGGAGCAGUUGACCCUCAAGAAGAUGAGAGAGAUCAUCGGCUGGCCUGUUGGUGACGGUGAUGGACUUUUCUCACCAGGGGGCGCCAUAUCGAACAUGUACAGCGUGAUGGUUGCCAGGUAUAAGUAUUUCCCAGAAGUGAAAACAAAGGGGAUGUCUGCUGCACCAAGACUGGUGCUUUUCACAUCUGAACAUAGUCAUUAUUCGAUCAAAAAAGCGGGAGCUGUAUUGGGCUUUGGCAAAGAAAACGUCAUCCUUCUGAAGACAGAUGAUAGGGGGCGUGUCAUACCAGCAGACUUCGAGGCCAAAAUCAUUGACGCCAAACAGAAGGGUUACGUGCCACUGUUUGUGAAUGCGACGGCUGGUACCACAGUCUACGGGGCGUUUGAUCCCAUCAACGACAUCGCUGACAUCUGUGAGAAAUACAACCUGUGGCUACAUGUGGAUGGUGCCUGGGGUGGAUCACUGUUGAUGUCUAGAAAACACCGUCACAAGUUAAGCGGCAUUGAAAGGGCAAACUCAGUCACAUGGAACCCUCAUAAGAUGAUGGGUGUACCAUUGCAAUGUUCAGCCAUUCUGGUCAGAGAGAAGGGUAUUCUGCAGGGCUGCAACUCUAUGUGCGCUGGAUACCUCUUCCAACCAGACAAACAGUACGACAUCAAUUAUGACACAGGAGACAAGGCCAUCCAGUGUGGCAGACAUGUGGACAUCUUCAAAUUCUGGCUCAUGUGGAAGGCCAAGGGCACAAUCGGGUUCGAGCAGCACAUUGACAGAUGUCUGGAGCUCUCUGAAUAUCUUUACAACAAAAUCAAGAACCGGGAGGGAUAUGAAAUGGUCUUUGAGGGCCAGCCCCAGCAUACAAACGUCUGCUUUUGGUAUAUUCCACCGAGCAUACGUGGCAUGCCAGACGGAGAUGAACGAAGAGAGAAGCUACACAAGGUGGCGCCAAAGAUCAAAGCGAUGAUGAUGGAGUGUGGAACAACCAUGGUAGGAUACCAGCCACAGGGUGACAGAGUCAACUUUUUCCGAAUGGUCGUCUCCAACCAUGCAGCCACCAAAUCUGACAUCGAUUUCCUCAUUGAUGAGAUUGAAAGGCUGGGUAACGACCUGUGAGAGCGCCGCUCUGCUGGGUGGAGGCCGCAAUACACGCACCAUGUACUGCCCAGGCGUGGUGCAUCUACGCAUCCACUCAAAGGGACAGAGUUUGCGUCAUGCACGUUUAAUGUUUCAACAUUGUGUUGUGAUCCAAUACAUUCCGUCCUCUCUAUAUUAUUAGAUUUCAAACUAGCAGCAGCCUCUAUAGAUACGCAGUCAUCUUACAGCGUAGUUGAACUCCAUUGGGAUCGUACUCUGAUUUGUGUAACAGUCGGUGCUUCUGUUUGUACAUACAAUGUAAAGACAAGUAAGACGCAACACCCUUUUAUCAAAGCUCAAACCCCUUUUUGUGUAGUAGUGGGGUCUGUGUGUAACCAGUGACUGUAAUACAAUCUGUAUUUGAGUGUUGUGUUCCUAUAAACUUACCUUGUAGUAGGUCAUGUAAAGCGUUUACUGGGCACCUUUGUGAGGUGAAACAUAAGUAUUCCAUUUUCAGUUCUACUGAUGUAAGUAUAUAAACAAAGAAAUGUAUUUAUUUAUAUUGUGACCUGAGCAGAGUAUUUUUUCCAUUUGUAACGUUUCUUCACUUGUAUUUUAAGAAAAAAUAUAUAAUCAAAUAAGUUUAGAGUAACAUUUAUGGUCCAGUGGUGUACUUGUGAGCCAAAGACAAAACUAGUGCCAUACGUUUUACAAUACGCUCAAUACUCUUUGAAAUAAGCAAGCAUAUAAAAUAUAGUAAUCUACAGUAUACACAUUUAUAUAUAAUAUAAUUAUAACGUAAAUGUUUGUUGUUCAGGCCCUUGACUCUGUGCAAUCAGUGUGUCAGUGUUAUAAUGUUAUUGUGUGUAUCUUCGACUGAAUGUUACAAGCAAUCCUAUCAAUUAUAUGUUAGUUACAGUACUGGAUAUUUACUACCGAUUAUUGAUAUUCUACUCAGGCGCCUAUAGCGAUUAUUCAACUGUAAAUAGAGUUAAAAAAGGAAACAGUGAAAGAAAAUGCAUAAAGCAAAAAGCACAAACUUAGAAGGAAGGCUGGAUGUCCUCAGGAUGCUGAAAGACUGUGUUAAUAUAAACAUUUAUUAAUGGUUUAUUGAUAUUUCACUGCUGUGAGUCUUUUGAACAUGUGAAAGAUGACUGUUUAUUCGAUCUCGUCUUUGUUCAAAGUGUUUUUGACGACUAUUACCUGCACAAUAUUUUUUCCUCUAUUGUUGUGAAUUGUUGACAGUAUAUGUUGAAUGUGAGGAGGCCGGUCUGGGCUCCUCAACUAGGCUGGCACUUUAAAAUGCAAUCGCAAUAUAUAUAAAUGAUUACUUACAUCUGUACAGUGCACAAUAAUAUCUAUUAAAGUAUGAAUAGUAAAGAAUGUUCUGUUAGUCGUCCUUUCAAGAUGUAAAUUAUAAACUGGAAUAUAUUAUAUAUCUUAUUAUAUAUGUUAUUUUAAUGCUCAAAAUAAACAAUAAUAUCAUUCUG